AUGACUGUCGCCGAGUCCAACGAACUGCCUACCGACCGGCGGCCAUGGCGCACCACUCCGCUGGUCGAAUCCGUCGCUCUCUCCAAUGCGGCUGGAUGCCGAGUCUUCCUGAAACUCGAAAACCUCCAGCCCUCUGGCUCUUUCAAAUCGAGAGGCAUCGGCAACCUGAUGACGCAAGCCCUCCUGCGCGCCGGCGCCGGCUCCGGCUCCGCCGCCAACGUGCACUUCUACUCCUCCUCCGGCGGCAACGCCGGGCUGGCAGCCGUCCACGCCUCGGCGGCGGGCGCGCUGGGCCGGCCCUGCACCGUCGUGGUGCCGGUGUCGACGCCGGCGCGCAUGGUGGCCAAGCUGCGCGCGGCGGGGGCGCGCGACGUGGUGCGGGCGGGCGCGACGUGGGCGGAGGCGGACGCGCACUUGCGGGGGGUGGUGAUGGUGGAGGGCGGUGCGGGCGGGGUGUACGUGCCGCCGUUUGACCAUGUGGAUGUUUGGGAGGGGAACAAGGGGGUUGUUGGGGAGGUGGUGGGGCAGUUGCGGGGGAUGGGGAUGGGGAUGGGCGGGGUGGAGCAGGAGGAGGGAGGAGGAGGAGGAGGAGGGAGGCCGGCGGCGGUGGUGUGUAGUGUCGGUGGGGGUGGGCUGCUCAACGGGGUGUGUAUGGGGGUGGAGGAGGCUGGGUGGGCGGAGCGGGGGACCAAGGUUGUUGCGGUGGAGACGGAGGGGGCGGCGAGCUUGAAUGAGAGUGUGAGGGCCGGGCGGUUGGUGACGUUGCCGGGGAUUACGAGUUUGGCGAUGAGUUUGGGGGCGACGAGGGUGAGUGAGGUGGCGUUCGCGAACGGGCUGAAGGACUAUGUCAAGAGCGUCGUGUACAGCGAUGGCGAGGCGGCGAUGGGGUGCUUGAAAUUGGCGGAUGAGGAGAGGUUGCUGGUGGAAUUGGCGUGUGGUGUCUCUGCAGCUGUCUGUUUUGGUGGGCGGCUAGAAAAAGCAGUGGGAAGGAAGUUAAGGAAAGAGGAGGCGGUUGUGAUUGUGGUUUGUGGAGGAAGUCAUGUUACGGUGGAAAUGCUGGCGGAGUGGCGGAAAAAGUUCGAAGACGUGGAGUAA